AUGGUUGCUACAAACGACUGUGAUGUGCUCAUUGUGGGCGCCGGUCCCGCCGGCUUGAUGCUCUCGACCUGGCUGUCGAAGCUGAAGAUCCGCACGAGGAUUGUCGACAAGGCGCCAACCAAGGUCCUCGUAGGACACGCAGACGGUGUACAGUGCCGGACCGUCGAAGUCUUCCAGUCCUUCGGCUUCGCGCAGCGACUCGUCGACGAGGGCGCGCAUAUCAACGAAGUCGUGUCAUGGGCGCUCGACUCGAAGGGCGACCUCCAGCGAACAGGUCGUAUCCCGGACAACGAACCUGGGACGAGUCGAUUCCCGCAUGCCGUGCUCAGUCAAGGCCGAAUCGAGCGCUUCCUCCUUGACGCCAUGAAGGACUUCAAUGAGUUGACUGUGCAGCGCUCAACUGCGCCUGUGUCCAUGUCGGUCGACCAGAACCUCGUUGCCGACUUCUCCCCGAACUCGUACCCAAUCUCCGUCACGCUCCGCCGCCUUACCGAGGAAGAGUCCGUCCCGACACAGCUCGGCGCCGUGCCCAAUGGUCUUCAUCGCAGCAACCUACUCGCUGACGACGAGUCUGACGCGGCAAAGGGCACGAAAGAGGCCGGCGCCUUCGACAAUGCUGGCGAGGAGGAGACGAUCAGGACCAAGUUCCUCGUCGGGUGCGACGGCGCACGAAGCUGGGUGCGGAAGCAGAUGGGCCUUUCGCUCGAAGGCGACGCAGCCGGCGCCGUCUGGGGCGUCCUCGACGCCAUUGUCAGCGAGACCAGCUUUCCCGACAUCCGCCUCAAGUGCACCGUCCAGUCCAAGGUCGGCUCGAUCCUCAUCGUUCCCCGCGAGCGAGACUACGUCCGCUUCUAUAUCCAGAUUGGCUCGACGAAGCCGGGGGAGCGUUUCGACCGCUCGUCCGUUACGCCCGAGUCCAUCAUCGAGACGGCGAAGAAGAUCAUGGCGCCUUACACGCUCGAGUGCUCCGACUUCGAGUGGUGGACGGUGUACGAGGUCGGACAACGUUUGUGCAAGACUUUCUCGCACGACGAGCGAGUCUUCAUCGCCGGCGACGCCUGCCACACUCACUCGCCCAAGGCCGGUCAGGGGAUGAACACGAGCAUGAUGGACACGUACAAUCUCGGGUGGAAGCUGGCACACGUCCUCCAGGGCAAGGCGACGCCUGAUCUCCUCAAGACUUACUCGGAGGAGCGGUACAAGGUCGCGAAGGAGCUUAUCGACCUCGACUACAAGCUGUCGAGGAUGUUUUCAGCGAAACCGAAGGAAGAGGGAGGUGAUGGAGAUGGCGUAUCUCUCGCCGAGUUCAAGGCGUUCUUCAAGUCGCUCUCUCGUUGGGCAUCGGGUACCGCCGUCCACUACCUGCCGAACAUGCUGGUCGCGCCGGAACGACAGCCUGCCCUCGCACCAGGUCUCCCGACAGGCAUGCGCUUCGAGAGCCACCUCGUCGUCGCUCUCGCCGAUGCUCGUCCCUGGCAUCUCGGCGACCGCCUCGUCUCGGAUGGCAGGUGGAGGAUCAUCCUCUUCGCCGGCGACGUUCGCGAACAGGAACAGAAGGAGAAGCUUGAGCAGAUCGCCGCUUACCUCGACACGCCCGACGGCCCAAUUCGUCGUUACACGCCGCCCGACGACGACCUCGACUCCGUCAUCGAAGUUUUGACGAUCAUCUCGAACCCGCGCAUUUCUGUCGAGCCUAAUGCUUUCCCUGCAAUUCUCUGGCCUGCACGGAAACCGUACGGAUCUCGCGCCUACGACAAGCUCUACGCCGACGACUCGUCGCCAGUCACCCCGAACGUACGCGGCAAGAUCUACAAGAACCUCGGCAUCGACCCAAAGACUGGCUGCAUCGCCGUCGUCCGCCCCGACCAGACCGUCUCCCUCGUCUGCGCUCUCGACGAGCACAAGCAGAUCGGAGACUUCUUUGCGCAGUUCAUGAUCGCUCAGGCGUAG